GUACAGCUAGUAAAAAAUAACUUAUAAGGUUGACAACCCUAUCCCCGAGCUACUACAAUGGACGGCUUGCUUCCAAUAAGCAUUUUAAAUUCACCUCGGCUCGACGGUAGUCGUUCGCGUCUCGGGUGGAUAACAAUCGCGCAUUUCGUUUAUUCAUAACUUAAGAGCCGUACUCUUUUCGGUUCAGCCCCUGCCAUUUGCCACGAUCUUCCAUAAAUCUCUUUUGUUACGACACGACGCCACUUCUUCCUCAAUCUGCUUGAUAUAGCCGUGCCUUGUUCCCUUCCUCCCUACUCGUUCCUUCUACUUUUCCUUGGAUAAGAAUGGCGUUUUCUAGAAACUAUUUUGUUGACAAGCGCAGUUAUAUUGUAAUGGUGUUAUUGCUUGCUUAUCUUCUUCCAGGCGCCGGUAAUGUAAACUUUGCUGAUACACAGAAGCUGUUGACUGCGAUAGUUCGGUAUAUCUUCUACCUGUUCUUCAUACGAGGAUCCCAAGCAGCAAUUGUUUUAGCGUACAAGGUGUACUAUUUGAAUGCUCAGAUAGAUCUGCCGGCGAUCCUACAAAAACAUAAGACCUAUUUAUACAUAUUUGGGGCAUCGGCCGCUGUAAUAGUGUACAACAAGGAAAGUUUGUUCAAAGAAGACUUUCUCUUUCUGGCCACGGCGCAGUUCGUUGAGAAAUAUUUGAAAAUGGAGCAUGCACCAACUAGCAUAAGAUACGGCAUCGGCAUGGCGUGCAGCUUCUUCGAAGGCUACCUGACCCACGUGUUGCCCAGCGAUGGGGCCCGGUUCGUGGGCUUCGCGGAGAACAUCGCGAGAUACGAGGCCAACCAGGGCGUGGUGUUCCCGGUGAAGAAGCUGUUCAUCAUCAUCACCAAGUCGAUGUACUGCCCGCCCGAUCUCAAGGCUUUCAACAAGCCCAAUAGGACGGAUCUGGCGCGUAUUGAAGCUUGUGAAUCACUGAUAGACAUAGAGAGGGACGUAGCUGGUGUGAAGAACCGCAUAUACCGCAACUCGGCGUACAAGAUACACCGUCCGGGAAAGGAUCCCGUGUACCUGUCUGCGGAAUGUGCCACACCACUGCACACACUCUACAUGGUGCUGCAGAAACGGGCGCUGUACGAAGAGCUGAAGAACAUAGACGUGGAGGAGGUGGUGACCGACUUCUGCACGAUGCUGCGCUCCAUCAUCAGCAAGAGUCCAGACUGCUAUGACAAGUGCGAGCUGGUCUACUUUGACAACACAAAUACAGAUAAUAACUUGGCGGACGUUCUACUUGACAAGAUACGCGAAAUUGAACCGAACUUCGAGAAUAUUCGACGGGAGUAAACUUAUACUGCGGCAUGCGCUGUGAUGUUAAUAUUACUGAUUUUUUUUGUUUUAAAGUUAUUUAACUUAACUUAAAUAUAUUAAACUUCAGUAAUAUUUAUACGUAUUUUACUAAUUAUAU